GAGGAGACAGUCAACGAGUUGUCGCGGGCAGAAGACAGCGGGUUCACCGUGCUGGAGAGCAUAACCAAGUACUUUGUCAUGCGGGCCAAGUUAGCCUCAAAGGUGCUCAAGUACCCGUCCAUCAAGGACUACCGACUGAGCGUCAACGAAUUGGAUGAGAAGGAAUACAUCAACCUCAGACUGUGCUCACAG